UGACGUCAAACUUAUGUCGGCGAUUUGUUCUUGACUUAGAUUCAUUUUGACAGAUACAUGUUUAUAUCAUAUUUUUUUCUUUACUCAAAUUAUUCCCUCAAUGAUAAUUAGCCGUUACACAAUAGAAAAUUGCUUUCUUGUCACCUAAACUAUUAAAAUAUGGCUGCUUCUGCGCGUAAACUCUCAACAUCUGGGGAUUCUUUGUAUAUAGUAUUAGGUCUACCUAAAACUGCCACACCAGAUGAUAUUAAAAAAACUUAUAGAAAGCUUGCCUUGAAAUAUCAUCCUGAUAAAAAUCCUAAUGAUCCUACUGCAGCUGAAAAGUUUAAAGAUAUUAAUCGAGCUCAUAGUAUAUUGAGUGACUUAACCAAAAGAAAUAUUUAUGAUAAUUAUGGUUCUUUGGGGCUGUACAUUGCUGAACAGUUUGGCGAAGAAAAUGUGAAUACUUACUUUGUUUUGACAAGUGGAUGGUGCAAGGCACUAUUCGUGUUCUGUGGUAUCAUUACUGGCUGUUAUUUAUGUUGCUGUUUCUGUUGUUGCUGUAAUUUCUGUUGUGGCAAGUGCAAACCCAGAGCUCCUGAAGACACUGGAGAUUAUUGCAAUUUAAAAGAAGAAUAUGAGAGUGGAGGAAGUGCCCCAUCUUCUCCCAUUCGCACUCAGCCUCAGAGCUCUGAGCCCAUGGCCAUGCCUCCCCCUGGCGAAAAUGUGACUGAAAUGACUGGACUUAAAAGUGCACAGACUGCAAACUACAUGACAGGACAUGGGACCUCUUCAAAUCAGUAAUUUUUAGCAUUAACUUUUUUAGCUUCCUAUCUACAUGUAGGCAGGUUUCUGUGGAACAUUUGGGUCCUACCGACGGAUUCAACUUGGACAAAUGUGCAGAAGAUGUGAAGAAAAUGUGUAUGUUCGUUCACAAUAUGCUGAUUGAUUAAAUCUAUAUUUGCUUGUUAUUGAUGUCUACAAAGUAUGAAGUUUAUAUGAGAUUAUGUUAGUUCACUUGUGUUAUUGUCUUUUUGAAUCAUUUGUGAACAUUUAUAAAAAAAUAUUUUAUUUGAAUUAGGAAAAUAGAAUGUUUUUAUAUCAAGUGAUUAGAAGUGUGGUUAUUAAAAUUAUUAAAAGCUCUAUAAAACAAAAUUAUACAAUAUAGUAGUAUGCAUUUGAAGCUAGUGGGACCUGUAAAAUGUUCCAAUAUAAUAUAGUAUGGUAAAGGUACCAGUAGUAAACUAAGCAAAAGUUUCAGUAUAAUAUGAUAUCCUUUGUGAAUUUGCAGUAUAUAAUUCAAUUUUCAAGUAUCCAAUUUCCAUGUUAAAUAAACAUCUGAAAAGUAGUACAUUUGAAUUUCAAGAGGGAAGAAAGAAACUUGAUUCAAUUAAUCAUUUGUUUGAAGAAUUUUUUGUACAAUAGAAUUUAGAUGACUAUUUUUCAUGAUGUUAUUCUUUAUUAUUAUGAAACUUUUAUUUUGGAAAUUUGUAAAAAUCAUUUUCUCUAGCUGUUGGUACCUUGACCAUUUCUGUCUUGCUUCUUUUACAUGUAAGUGUAUUUAGUAGUUUAGGUAUUUAUUUUAUAGAUUGUCAGCAACUUUUUCUGACAUUCACAUUUAAUAAAAUUUCAACAUUUUGAAGCACAUCAGUAAUUUCACAUCAUGAGUAGCUUUAAAAUGACUAUACUGUAUUCAGAUGAUAAAUAAAAUGAGUUCUUCAGAUUUAUUACUUUUCUUGCUGAACAACUCAACUGUGCCAAAAGGCAUAAUAUAUCUUGUUAGGUUAGAAAUGUAAUGAAAUAUUUUAUGUAUGCUUUAUCUGAAAUUAGUAAAUAUACUUUUAUAAUUGCUUUGAAUGCAGUUGUUAUACUUCAAGUAUAAGAAAAAGGAUGCUUAAAUGGUCAAAUUCUUGCCUUACUAUGCAUUUAAAACAGAAGUUAACAUCUAGCUAAGACUGUUGAUUUGUUAUGUUAAUAAAGAUAUAGUGUGAAAAUUAUUAGGAACAAUCACAUUUUUGUGGGCUUGGCAUGUGAUGUUAUUGAAAUUAAUAUUCUAAAUUAUUUGAAUUGCAUGAUAUUUAAUAAGUGUGGCAAUAGAAAAAAAAAUGUGGUUAAUGGUUGUAAUCUGUUCAAAAACUAUUUGCUGCUCAAAUUGUCUUCAUUGAUUUAUUAUAACUUUUUAUGGACAUUUGGGUUAAUUUACUCUGUAAAUAACUGAAUAGUUUUUUUUAUUAUUUAUUUGUUGUAAGAAUAUUAUAGAAGUAUAUUUUUUCUUACAUUUUUAUGAAUGGAAGUUUUUUUAACCAUUUGUGGGUCAUUAAGGAACUAUCACAUUUCUAAUACCAAUCAAGUGAUUGGUAACUGGAGGUUAUGCUAAGAUCCACUAUAAUUGAAUUUAAAUUAAUUUAUUUCGUGUUUUUCUUUUCUAUUUAUGUUAAUAUGUUAUACAUUAAAUAUUAUUAGUUAGCCAAGAAAAAAUUUAAAUGUUUCCUUGUGUUAAGAAUUAUUAAAGAUUUCAUUUAUUUACUUUUUUAUUUGCUAAGAGUUUCCAUUUUAUAAUUGCGCCUUCGACAUAAAAUUCAGAUGGCACUUUAAAAGUAUUUCCUUUUCUGUCCUUAAGGUGCUUUAGGGAGUGAUUAAUUGCAUUACUUUUACCAAGAUGUACUUUUUUUUUGUUUUGCUCUAUAGUUCUUUCUAAUUUUUUUAUAGUCUAGGUUGCUAACAAACCAUUCUGUGAUUCUGAUGAUUAUAUUUUGAUCAUUUUUUAAAAAUGUGAUUGUUAUUAAUUCUACACUUUGAAACUAUGAUCUUUUAAUACAAUUAUUUGGCAUUUUUAUUAAAUGAAGAAAUUAUUACAUUUGAAAAUGAAUUACCCGGUUAAUAUGAAUAUUUUUAACACCUGAAGUCAUAGAGAUAAAUUUGUGAAUUUUAUAAAAUAU